UGAUGAUGGCGCGUCACAAGAGAUUCGAUUUCCGAACGAACACGCAAUUGCUGCUGCCUGCCCUUAGUGAGCCUUUCUCCUUUCAACUUUUUCCAAAACGUUAAAAACCAUGGCACAACAAGGUGUUAAACCGUAUUACCAAGCCAAAAUUGAAGAAUGCGAACUCGUUAUCAAUGAUAAAACACAAGAUUUGCGACGGUUGGAAGCACAACGAAAUGCCUUGAACGCUAAAGUUCGUUUGCUCAAAGAAGAACUACAGCUUUUGCAAGAACCGGGAUCGUAUGUUGGUGAAGUCGUUAAAGUGAUGGGAAAGAAAAAAGUCUUGGUCAAGGUCCAUCCCGAAGGUAAAUACGUCGUCGACAUUGGCUCCGACAUUGACAUUGCACAGUUGACACCUACAACACGCGUCGCCCUUCGCAACGAUUCGUAUCAGUUACACAAAAUCCUGCCCAACAAAGUGGAUCCUCUUGUAUCGCUCAUGAUGGUCGAAAAGGUACCAGACUCAACGUACGAAAUGGUCGGUGGUUUGGAACAGCAAAUCAAAGAAAUCAAAGAAGUUAUCGAAUUACCGGUGAAGCAUCCCGAAUUGUUCGAAUCGCUCGGUAUCGCUCAACCAAAGGGUGUCUUGCUAUAUGGUCCUCCUGGUACUGGUAAAACUUUGUUGGCUCGAGCAGUUGCUCAUCACACGGAUUGUCGAUUUAUCCGUGUGUCAGGCUCAGAACUUGUACAAAAGUAUAUCGGUGAGGGUAGUCGUAUGGUUCGAGAACUUUUCGUUAUGGCAAGAGAGCACGCACCAUCAAUUAUCUUUAUGGACGAAAUCGAUUCCAUUGGUUCUGCACGUGCAGAAAGCGGCGGCGGCGGCGAUUCCGAAGUACAAAGAACUAUGUUGGAACUGCUCAAUCAGCUCGACGGUUUCGAACCUACCAAAAACAUCAAGGUCAUCAUGGCUACCAACCGUAUAGAUAUUCUCGACGCAGCAUUAUUGCGACCAGGACGUAUCGACAGAAAGAUUGAAUUCCCACCACCGAGCGAGGCAGCUCGCGCUGAUAUCCUAAAGAUCCAUUCUCGCAAAAUGAACUUGACCCGCGGUAUCAACCUGCGGAAAAUUGCGGAGAAGAUGACUGGCAGCAGUGGUGCAGAGGUCAAGGCUGUGUGUACUGAAGCCGGUAUGUUUGCUCUGCGAGAAAGACGUGUGCAUGUUACUCAAGAAGACUUUGAAAUGGCUGUUGCCAAGGUGAUGAAGAAGGAUUCAGAUGCAAACACAAGUUUGAAGAAGCUCUGGAAGUAGACACAAUUUUUUUGUCAAAGUCCAUCAGUUAUAAUAUCUUUUUUUUUUCUCCCAUAUACACCAUAUAUUCCAUCAUCAACGCCAACGGCUGCCAUUUCUCUAUUUAUUGAAGUUUGGAGAAAGAAGUGGGUUAUCAUGAAUCGUGCUAUAUUUAUAAAAAUGGGACAUGGCAAGAAAGGACCUGCAACACAAUGCAAGAUGCUUUUUUAUGAUCCAGG